AUGUCAACAUUACCGAUUAUGCUUCAGCUAAAUGGUCACUGGGAUAGCAUUGAGAUAUGCAAGGAUUUUAAUGUUGAUGGAAUUGUAGUCAACGAGGAUUCAAAUUAUAGUCAAUUAAAUUCUGCAAUUACAGAGCAUCUAAUGAUUGAUACCUCCGCAAAAAUCAUCGAAAUCAAAUACACUGUCAACGAACGUUGUCCUCCAAUGAAAAUUCGAAAUGAUAUGGGAGUUCGAGUAUACAUGGAGACGAAAAAGGAAAAUAGAAGCUUAGGAAUGUAUCCCCUGUGUAUAACAGUGCGUGAUUUCGAUUUGGAAUGCAGUAUCUCGAAUUCGAGCACAAUUAGAGCAAAGGAAAAAGAUUUGAAAUUUUUGAGAGGUCAUCUUGUUGAUUCCUACAGUCGCUUGCCAAGUUAUUUGUAUAUUCUAGAGAAGACUUAUCCGAGGUCGGUAGUUAAAUUGCAGAAGGCUGAAGAUAACUGUUUCUUGUACGCAUUUGUUGAACUUAGUACGUCUAUCAAGGGUUGGGAGUAUUGUAGGCUAGUUGUAGUAGUUGAUGGCACCUUCUUGAGGUCGGCAUAUAUGGGAAUAAUGUUAACAGCUAGCACAAUGGAUGCAACAAGUAGCAUAUUACCACUGGCAUACGCUGUUGUUGAUUCAGAAAAUGACACAUCAUGGAUGUGGUUUUUUGAGAAAUUCAAACAUGCGUAUGGUGAAAAACCAAAUAUGUGUGUUGUUUUGGACCGGAAUGAGAGUAUCUUGAAUGCAACAUCUACUGUUUAUACCAGCAUGCCACAUUAUGCUUGCAUGUGGCAUAUUUGGACAAAUGUAAGGUCAAAGUUCAAGAAAGGUCAUCUAAAGUUAAGCAAAUUGUACUUUGCCACGGCACGACCAUAUACGCUUGAUGAAUUUAAUGAAAGAAUGUCACAGAUUGAAGUGAUCGACACGUGUUUUAAAGCAUACCUAUAUGAUAUUGGCUAUCACAGAUGGUCUCGGGUACAUGCUACGGUGAACAGAACAUGGACGAUGACAUCAAAUAUUGCAGAUUCAUUGAAUGCGGUAACAAAAGAUGCAAGAGAACUGCCCGUAGUAGAACUAUUAGAGUACAUGAGGGCUCUUCUUGAACAUUGGACUAAUGAAAAGUUAUUGAAAGCAAAGGGUACGUUCACAUACCUUGGAAAAAAAAUACAACAAAGAGUUGGAGGACAACAGGACAUUAUCGCAGAAGAUGAGAUGAGGGCUUCCACAUAUCACAUCCAUACUGUGAUAGAUGGUGUGAAGCGCUUCAUUGUUUGCCUUCAAAACAAAAGAUGUAGUUGUGGACAAUUCCAGCUUGAUGUACUUCCUUGUGCACAAGCUUUGGCGGCUUUGAGGCACAGGAACGAGUCUUAUGAAAACUAUUGUUCUCCUUAUUACACGAGGGAGAGCCUUUUGCAUACUUAUGAAAUACCAGUAGACCCGCUGCCUGACGAAAGCAAAUGGAAUGUGCCACAACAUAUAAUUGAAGAAGUUGUAAUGCCACCUACGGGAAAAGACAGUCAGGGAGACCUCAAAAAUAAAGAUACAAUCCAUAUGAUGAAGUAA